AUGGCCACCACAGGCUCCCAACCCCCUGGAAGGGGCCGAAAGGACUGGCGAUACCUCCUAACAAGACCAACUGACCAACCACGCGUCUCAAUUGAGGAAUUCAGAGAGGCAAUCCACUCGGACAGCGACCGUGUUUAUAAUGAGUUGGCGGCGAUCUUCGAUGGCAUCUUUGACGAUGAAAAAACAUUAAGGGAUACAAUCACACGUCUGAGGAUGGAACGGAACAACGCCACUGACCAGGCCGCUGUCAAGCAAAGCCAGAUUGAUGAGCUAAUUGCUGAACGCGAUGAACUUAGCCACACCCUGGUCCGCAUGACAGUCAGCAACCAAGCAGCAAGUCGAGGUGUCACCCCCUCUGAGACUACCCGGAGGUCUGUCAAGAUUGAUGACCCAAAACACCUCACUGACGGCAAGGAGCCAAAAUUUGAACACUGGCUCUCCCGGAUGAAGAACAAGCUCCGGGAGAACGCUGACCACUACCCUACUGAACGCAUGAGGAUUGCAUACAUCGAAAACCGGACUGAUGGGGACGCGGCACGUCACAUUGCGCCCCGUAUGGAAGAGGACCACCCCGAGCGAUAUCAGACUGCAGAAGAGAUAUUUGAGCACCUCAAGUCAAUAUAUGAGGAUGCUAACAAGCUGCAAAAUGCCAAGAGUGAUUAUCGCAAGCUGAUUAUGCGCAAUGGGGACAAUUAUCAUGAAUUUGUCACAAAAUUCUUACACCUGGCAGGUGAGGCCAAGAUUGCCAGGGGGGACUACAAGACAGACUUCAAUGACAAGCUGUCCUUUGACCUCCAGAAGAUGGUAGCAGUAGCCAAUGCGACCACUGAUACAUAUGCUGAGUUUCAGAAAAUCUGUGCGCAGGCAGCUCACACCCUCCAGACAAUCAAUGCCACCCAGAAAUCAAAGAGCUCGCGGGGAAAUGGGCCUAAUACCUUCAAGCAGAACACCCUGCGGACCGCCAACAGUCAAACACCCCCCAGCAUCUCUACAACAAAAUCCCCUACUGUGAAGGAGGCCUUGAGCUCUCGUCCGGAUAUUCAGUGCUACUACUGUAAGGAAAAAGGCCACAUUGCCAGGAACUGCCCUGCAAAGCAGAAGUCCCAGCAGGUGAUUGCUGAGCUCACAGGGAAUGAUGCCCCUGAGCCUUCAGCAGAUUCGGGAAAAGAGUGA